UUUCACGAAAAGUACUUGCAUGACCCCUAUUCUGCUGACGUAAACCGACCCUGACGAGCUCACGCUUUCCUCCAGUGACCUCAGACUGUCGUUACAGAGAUACACGCUGGUUAGCAUUAGCCCUUUUGGAUGAUUUUUUAAUCGUCGUUCGUUAAAAACGCACACAACUUGCUGAACGUACUGCACCGUCUAGUCAUUGAGUUGUCGUGCAGACGGUACAAACAAGAAGACAUCGUAGGAGCAGGAAAGAGGGGCAGACAUGGCCGGAAUCGAUGAGCUUUCCCCCGCUGCGGGCCCGGUGUCGACCCGGCCCCCCGAGGACGAAAUUGACGACGAUGAUGAUGACGAUCUUGAUGAGACCCUGAUGGAGAGGUUGUGGGGUCUGACAGAGAUGUUUCCUGACACGGUUCGUUCAGCUGCUGAGCUUUCUGCACAGUGCUCUGUCUCACUGGUCAAGAAGUUUUACAGUUUCUCCCGCUCGGCCUUAUGGGUGGGAACCACUUCAUUCAUGAUCCUAGUGUUGCCUGUGGUGUUUGAGACGGAGCGACUACAGCUGGAGCAGCAGCAGUUACAACAACAGAGACAGAUCCUCUUGGGACCCAACACUGGAAUGUCUGGUGGGAUGCCCGGCAUGAUGCCACCGGCCCCGGGCAAAAUGUGAAAAGCAGGAGAGACCCACUUCAACCUGAGAUCUGCUGCCAUGAUAACGCGGGGUCGGGCCACGAGCGACGAUGGAGAGACUGUGAAGGGAUGCAAAAGAACUACUGUAACAACAAACAAAAGAGGCCAAAGCACCACAUUUGUCAUGCAACCUUUAAUGUCACUCCGUCGCUCUAGGAUCGGCGAAUUGAAUGCAAAGAAAAGAAUCAAUUCUGACUGUCACUCUUUAUUCCGUCAUGCAGAGACUGAUAUUCAGGAGCACUGCUUCUAUCUUUUUUUCUAUACAUUAAGAAGGAUAUCAUUUUAGUUAUUGUGUAGUAAGGGAGUACAGGAAAAGAUGAAUGCAUUCAAUGGAGAAAAAAAAGCGUCUGAAAUGUGUCAUUCUUUGAAUCAUUCCUUCACUUGAGUGUAGGAUGUGUUAGAAGUCAUGAUAGGUGGAGUUAUUACACUCAAUA